ACAGAGCAGAGUUUCCGAUUUCCGACAGCAUUGAAAGCAGCACUCACAGUAGGGGGCAAGGCCAGAAGAGAAGCUACAGCAGCAUCGGAAACCAGCCGGUGGUUAUUUAGAAACGAACCCUGCGAGAGGAGAAGGGGGACACGGCCACAGCGUAGAGGAGACCAGGCCACCGCAGAGGACACGUUCCUCCUUGACGGGCAACACAUAAAAUAAGGCAUCUGCAGAAAUACGUCCACCUACAGAAAGAACUAUGGGAGAAUACUACCAGGUACUAGGAAUUCCAAAAAAUGCAACACCAGAAGAAAUCAAGAAAGCUUACAGAAAACUGGCAUUAAAAUGGCACCCGGACAAAAACCCCGACAACAAGGAGGAGGCGGAGAGGAGGUUCAAAGAGCUGUCAGAGGCGUAUGAGGUGCUCUCAGAUGAAAGUAAGCGAAACACGUAUGACCUCUACGGCAAAGAAGGCCUGUCAGGAGGAGGAGGGGGAGGAGGGGGCCACCGCGAUCACUUCCGCGGAGGUGGUUUCACAUUCCGUAAUCCUGAGGACGUUUUCAGGGAAUUCUUUGGUGGGCGUGAUCCAUUUGCAGAUUUUUUUGGUGAAGACGAUUUCUUUGGGGUCCGCCAUGGUCAUCACAGUACCACCAGCCGAGGCAUGAACGGCUCUCUCUUCGGUUUUGGUGGCUUCCCAGAGUUUCAGCCUCGCUUCCACGGGUUCGACACAGGUUUUAACUCGUUUUCAGACAUGGGCGGUGGCGGAUUUGCCUCCUUCUCCUCUUCUUCCUUUGGUAGUGGUAUGGGAGGAGGGAACUUCAGAUCGAUGUCGACGUCCACCAAAAUCGUCAACGGCAGAAAAAUUACCACAAAAAAGAUUGUGGAGAACGGGGUGGAGCGGGUAGAAGUGGUGGAGGAUGGUCAGUUAAAAUCUCUAACAAUUAAUGACAUCCCGGCCCAAGACCCCCUGGAGGAGGAGUUUCGUCGCCGCAGACAGAACACACUUCCUGGUCUGGGCCUGCAUCAGCGCUACCUGAGGAACUCCGCUCAAAACCCGCCUGAGGAAGAGGAGGAGCACGGCCCGCUGAGCCUGGGCCUAACAAGAGGACACGUGGAUACCAAAAGGAAGAAACUUUGGUUGAAGGAGGCGGAAUCCAAAAAGAAGCGAGCUGGACGCCUUUUCCCCAGAUUCAGUGGACUCGGUGCCUUUUUCUGAACUCUUCUCACUUGUACAGAACAGGAUGUUUGAUCGCCGUGAGUUCUUUGUGGCAUUAGUUUUUUUUGCUAAUUAUUUGAGACAGCCUCACUGCUGCUUCAUUUCUCCACUUGUUAAUCAGCAGCAACGCAAAGCUUAACUCCCACAUUCUUAUAUCAGCCAGAUGCUCGCCUGCAGAGGCCUCAGUUUAAUGGUUUAUUUUGUCCGAGACGCGCUUUAGCGGUUCAGCUGUGGCUGUGUUUAUUAUUAAUGGAACCUUGAGUUCCAAUUCAUCUCUCAUGAUUGGACUUUCCUAAGUUUUACCGUGUGUUUCAGAAGUUUUUCAAAGGGGUCCAGGUGGAAGGAGAAUCGCAGGAACAGCCUUGUUUGAGACAGAGUUCCAGUGCUAAUUCUGUGAAGCAUGUGAGAGUAUGUGAAGGUCAGGCUAUUCAGGGGAUACUUCCUUUAUAAGAGACAAAGAAAAGGAGGAUAAUGAACUGAAACAGGUUAAAAAUGUUUGAGAAUAUCACAGGCUGUUCCUUUUUUCUCAUUUGGGCUGUUUUAAUCAAAUCCCCUCAUUUUAUCAAUGUUUGAUUUUUUUCUAAAUGAAUUGUGAGUGUAAAUGCAGACUGUUGAUUAAAAAGGUGUUCACUUUUCAUGGACACUAAUAAAUGCUUGGAGAAAAGUGUCCAAAA